AUGAGCUUCGACGACACGCAAUCAACAAGGCCAACUUUUGGGUUUCAACCGAGCAUAUUUUCCGGCGAGCUCGAGCGCUCAUUGAUUGAGGAGCAAUUUUCUGGAAAAAGCAUUGACGAAAGUCCAGAUUCUCAGUUCCCAAUCAAAUUCCUUCGCACACGGCAAAGUUCAAAACCAUGUCCCAUUUUCCCAUUCCGCCCAAAUCGGUGGCUAAAGAGCAGUUCUAUAUAAACCUCAGGUCUUGCUCAUCUCUGCUUUCCAAUCAAAUCCAGGCGAUAUUUCGCGGUUUACAAUUUUGCAAAAAACUGUGACCCUACCGAGGUUCCUGGUAGUGGCAAUGACUAGAGGGCUCGGAAUUUAUCGAGCGCUGUACUAACUCCGAGCAAAAGACUGUUAGAACUGCUCGAAAUGGAUUUUUGGGAUUGUUUUGGAGGAAUUAGAAAGAAAAAGGGGGCUAAAUCCCAAAAAAAAACUCAUUUUUCAUCAAACUCCGGUGUCGAUUUGCCAAACAACUGCCAUAUUGAGCGAUGCAAAAAAAGAAAUAAAUAAAUAAUCGAUUUUUUGGUUGGCGCGUCGAAAAAUAAAAAUUCGCGGGCAGGUUUUAAUUUUUUUGUGUGUUGUGUGUCAAGACGCAGUUGCAAAUUACAAUGUUCCUUUGAAUCGUACCGUACCAAACAAACUUUUUUUUCUUUUUUUCUUUUUUUUCGCGCGCGAAAAAAAAACGCGAAGCGUUUCUGCAUGCGCAUUUUAAAAAAUUGUAUACUAAUUAUCAGUUUCAAAUUGGAACUUGGAACAAAUUGGUACAGAUGCGGAAGCUAUGCCCAAUUUUUGAAUUCUUAUUUAAAAACUUAUUUUUUUAAAGAAAAUUCAAUUUUUUGUUCCAGAUUGCCAUUGUGCGAAUUUAAUCCAUCAAACAAUCGACGCAUUGCAAACGGUAAGUAUUUAUAUAACAAUAAAAGAGAACUUCUGAAAUAUCCAAUUAGAAACUAAUAAAAUUCAGAGUUUUCUUGAUUUUCUUUGUGAAAAUCUUGAAAACCUUGGAUUUUAUCAGUUCCAAAUUGGAAUUUCAGCGGAGAUGCGGAAGCUAUGCCCAAUUUUUGAAUUUUUAUAGAAAAACAUUUUUUUUAAAAAAGAAAAUUAUAAAAUUUCAAUUUUUUGUUAAUUUACAAUGUUAAUUACAAGAUAUAUAAUGAAUUUGAUAAACAAAUUUCAAAUAAAACAAAACUAGAGAUUAUAUAGAUUUCAAAUUUUAUCCCAAAACUGAAACCAAAAAUAAUCCUCUCACUACAAUUGUAUACAAUCUUAGGUAUAUUACCUUCAGAGUUUUCCAAUAUUCACACCUUUCUUCAAGUAAACUCACUAUUAUUUGUUAUUUUUCAACUAAAACACCGCGAAAUUAUUUUUUUUGUCAAAUUAAAAAAAAAUCCUAACCUAGUCCCGCAAGUUUUUAAAUCACUGUAGAUCACCCGCGAUUUCACUAUCUUUUUGUCUCUUCUCUCUUGUAUGGGCGCCUAUUUUUUGAAAUAACAUUUUGAAUCAAUAAAAAAAAACCAAAAGUUUCAUUAAAUUGAAAAUAUUUUUCAGAUUAGUCGUGGAUGGAAAUAUUCGAGAUGA